AUGACCGCUUCAAUGCUGGAGGAAGAAGCUCGGUUCGGUUCCAGCCCGCUGGCCAUGCUCACUGCCGCCUGCAACAAGUUCGGGGGCUCGAGCCCCCUGAGGGACCCCUCCUCCACCGUGGGGAAGCUGGGCAAUGGACUGGGGAAAAAGCCCUACAGCCCCAGCUCGGACCUGCUUCUGGGUAAAGGCCGGGGAGUCGAGGGCCUGGGAGACCUCUACGCCGGGGGCAGCAACGGACUGAUGUCCCCCUCCAGCCCGCAGGCCUCGACCGUCUACGCCGGUGACUACGGCCCCUUCGGGCACCCCUUCGGAGCAUCCCCUGUCAACCAGGAGCCCCCGCUGCUGCUGGGCAAGGGCCACCCUCCCGCCGACUGCCUCCACGGGGUCUACUCCUCGCUGGACGUGGGCCACCCCUACAGCUCGUGGUACAAGGCCGGCGUCCACCACGGCAUCUCCGGGGCCACCGCCGGCGCCAACGUGGCCCCUCCCUGGUGGGAGGUGCACCCUGCUAACAACUGGCUGGCCCAGCCUGACGGACUCCAGGGACCCUACCAGCCUCAGCCGGCGCCGGUCAACCCGCCGCUCUCCGCCUACGGCACCGACUACGGCGCUGUAAGCCCCUACCCGGGUAUGGGCCUGGGCUCGCCCUCCCCCUCCCCCUCCUCCUCCUCCUCCUCCCCCUCCCCCUCCUCCACCUCCCUGCUGCCACCCAACCAGGAGAUGUACAAGGCCAAAGCGGCGCCCGGUGGCAGCCUGGUGGACGGGCUCAAGCCCCCGCGGACGAGCGGGCCCUACCCCACCGGCGGCGCCCCCCAGGGCAGGUCGGCCUGCGACUGCCCCAACUGCCAGGAGAUGGAGAAGCUGGGCGCAUCCGGCGCCGGGCUGAGGAAGAGGGCCUUCCACAGCUGCCACAUCCCUGGCUGCGGCAAGGUCUACGGCAAGGCUUCGCACCUGAAGGCCCACCUCCGGUGGCACACCGGCGAGAGACCCUUCGUCUGCAACUGGCUCUUCUGCGGCAAGCGCUUCACCCGGUCCGAUGAGCUGGAGCGGCACGUCCGCACCCACACCCGCGAGAAGAAGUUCAACUGCCUGCUGUGCAGCAAGCGCUUCACCCGCAGCGACCACCUCAGCAAGCACCAGAAGACCCACGGCGAGGCCGGCACCGGAGCCCAGGCCACCAAACCCGGCGAGGGCGAGCCCCAGGGGCCGGAGGCGGGCGAGGCCGGCCCCGGGCCCCAGCCCCGGGAACCGGCGCCCCCGCCUCCUCCUCCUCCUCCUCCUCCUCCGCCUCCGUCAGAGAAGGGUGGCCCCCCUCCCCCGGCGCCCGGCCAAGGGGGGCUGCUGGAGAUUUGA